CCCGGGCCUUCGCGGGUGGCUGCUCCCGCUCCCCCAGCCCUCCCCGCGUCCUGGUGGGAAACUCAGCCCAGAAGGGGGCUUCGGGGGCUCCUCGCGGGCUGGGGAACCGUCGGAUGCCGGCGCAGGGGGCGGGGUCAGGACCCCGGGCGGGUCACCCCGCCCCUUCGCGCUCAGCCCCGCUGAGGUGAAACCUGAGCCCAGGUCGGGGGCGGGACCGGUCCGCGCCUCUCCCCUGGUUCCCGCACCCUGGCCGGCGGCUGCGAGCGCAGGGCCCAGCCCGGGAGCCGCUGGAGCAGGUGAGGGAGGCGGCUCGGCGCGAGCCGCACAACCCGGCCGUCGGGCCCCGCCGCCCAGGGCUGAGUCUCCCAUCUCGCCCCUCGGUCCGCAGGGCCUGCGAUGGAGCCUGCAGCCCCGGGUCGCGCCCCUCCCUGAGCGCCCCCGUCGGCGGCCAUGCUGCCCCGAGGGCGCCCCCGGGCGCUGGGGGCCGCCGCGCUGUUGCUGCUGCUGCUGCUGCUCGGAUUCCUCCUGUUCGGUGGGGACCUGGGGUGUGAGCGCCGCGAGCCUGGCGGGCGAGCGGGGGCCCCGGGAUGCUUCCCCGGCCCGCUCAUGCCACGUGUCCCCCCAGACGGGAGGCUGCGGAGAGCCGCCGCCCUCGACGGAGACCCGGGGGCCGGCCCCGGGGACCACAACCGCUCCGACUGCGGCCCUCAGCCGCCGCCGCCGCCCAAGUGCGAGGAAAAAUCCACUGCACCUCCACUUGGUGACUGACGCCGUGGCCAGAAACAUCCUGGAGACGCUCUUCCACACAUGGAUGGUGCCUGCUGUCCGUGUCAGCUUUUAUCAUGCCGACCAGCUCAAGCCCCAGGUCUCCUGGAUCCCCAACAAGCACUACUCCGGCCUCUAUGGGCUAAUGAAGCUGGUGCUGCCCAGUGCCUUGCCCGCUGAGCUGGCCCGCGUCAUUGUCCUGGACACGGAUGUCACCUUCGCCUCUGACAUCUCGGAGCUCUGGGCACUCUUUGCUCACUUUUCUGACACGCAGGCGAUCGGUCUUGUGGAGAACCAGAGUGACUGGUACCUGGGCAACCUCUGGAAGAACCACAGGCCCUGGCCUGCCUUGGGCCGGGGAUUUAACACAGGUGUGAUCCUGCUGCGGCUGGACCGGCUCCGGCAGGCUGGCUGGGAGCAGAUGUGGAGGCUGACAGCCAGGCGGGAGCUCCUUAGCCUGCCUGCCACCUCACUGGCUGACCAGGACAUCUUCAACGCUGUGAUCAAGGAGCACCCGGGGCUAGUGCAGCGUCUGCCUUGUGUCUGGAAUGUGCAGCUGUCAGAUCACACACUGGCCGAGCGCUGCUACUCUGAGGCGUCUGACCUCAAGGUGAUCCACUGGAACUCACCAAAGAAGCUUCGGGUGAAGAACAAGCACGUGGAAUUCUUCCGCAAUUUCUACCUGACCUUCCUGGAGUACGAUGGGAACUUGCUGCGGAGAGAGCUCUUUGUGUGCCCCAGCCAGCCCCCACCUGGUGCUGAGCAGUUGCAGCAGGCCCUGGCACAACUGGACGAGGAAGACCCCUGCUUUGAGUUCCGGCAGCAGCAGCUCACUGUGCACCGUGUGCAUGUCACUUUCCUGCCCCAUGAACCGCCACCCCCCCGGCCUCACGAUGUCACCCUUGUGGCCCAGCUGUCCAUGGACCGGCUGCAGAUGUUGGAAGCCCUGUGCAGGCACUGGCCUGGCCCCAUGAGCCUGGCCUUGUACCUGACAGACGCAGAAGCUCAGCAGUUCCUGCAUUUCGUCGAGGCCUCACCAGUGCUUGCUGCCCGGCAGGACGUGGCCUACCAUGUGGUGUACCGUGAGGGGCCCCUAUACCCCGUCAACCAGCUUCGCAACGUGGCCUUGGCCCAGGCCCUCACGCCUUACGUCUUCCUCAGUGACAUUGACUUCCUGCCUGCCUAUUCUCUCUACGACUACCUCAGGGCCUCCAUUGAGCAGCUGGGGCUGGGCAGCUGGCGCAAGGCAGCACUGGUGGUGCCGGCAUUCGAGACCCUGCGCUACCGCUUCAGCUUCCCCCAUUCCAAGGUGGAGCUGUUGGCCUUGCUGGAUGCGGGCACUCUCUACACCUUCAGCCUGGCUCCCACCCGACCCUGCUGCACAGGUACCACGAGUGGCCCCGGGGCCACGCACCCACAGACUAUGCCCGCUGGCGGGAGGCUCAGGCCCCGUACCGUGUGCAAUGGGCAGCCGACUAUGAACCCUACGUGGUGGUGCCACGAGACUGUCCCCGCUAUGAUCCUCGCUUUGUGGGCUUCGGCUGGAACAAAGUGGCCCACAUUGUGGAGCUGGAUGCCCAGGAAUAUGAGCUCCUGGUGCUGCCCGAGGCCUUCACCAUCCAUCUGCCCCACGCUCCAAGCCUGGACAUCUCCCGCUUCCGCUCCAGCCCCACCUAUCGUGACUGCCUCCAGGCCCUCAAGGACGAAUUCCACCAGGACUUGUCCCGCCACCAUGGGGCUGCUGCCCUCAAAUACCUCCCAGCCCUGCAGCAGCCCCAGAGCCCUGCCCGAGGCUGAGGCUGGGCCGGCGCUGCCCCUCAUCUUAGCAUUGGGCAGACACCAGGGCAACCUGCCCUCCGCCAUCCCUGCUAUUUAAAUUAUUUAAGGUCUCUGGGAAGGGCUGGGGCAGAGCAUCUGUGGGGUGGGGUCUUCCCCUUGCUGCUAUUGUAUGGCUGGGGACUGGUCUCUCUCUGCCUCAGCCAGUUUGGGGCUGGUUCCCCCAUCUUGAAUUGUUUAUCCCUUUUUCAUAAUUAAAGUUUUAAAACAUC